AGGACUAACCACGUCGGUUGUGGGAAGAAGAGCGGGCCACCAUCGUCGCUUGCAACCUCCGUCGCUGAUUCGUUCCCGAUCUGCUCGACUAACCACGCGGUGUCGCCGGCCACGUUUCCACCGCCGCAGUACGUGCAAGAACAGAAAUUGAGUAGGGUUUCCGUGCUGUAAUUUUCUGACAAUGGAUUAUAUAUCGCAAUGGUACCCGUAAGUAUUGUUUACCAACUAAUCGUUACGACAGUCUACUCCGCUUCCU